AUGGGAUACGCCACCGCCGCUUGCGCCGUAUCCUCCACCUCCACCGCACUCAUGGAGUGCCGCGGCGGCGGCAGCAGCAGCAGGCAGCAGGCGGCGACGCCGCACUGCGUCGGUCUGCCGCCGCUCUCCCCCCCGCCCCCAGCACAGAGCCGCGCGCAGAGGACCGGCGCCUACUGUGAGCCGCCGGAUCUGCCUCUCUCUCUCUCUCUCUCUCUCGCCCUACUGUGAGCGCGCGCGGGCGCGUUUUCCUUUUUGAAAGAUGGUGGAUGGCGCUACUUUGCAGGCCGCAGGGUCGCUCGGAAUGUGGUGUCGAUGGCCACCGGAGAGUCCGUGGCCACCGCGGCGGCGACGACGGCCGUGGACGCGCCGGCGGAGGGCGGUGCCGCCCCCGCCCCCGUCGCUGAAGUACCUGAGAUUGUGAAAACCUUACAAGAAGCUGUAAGUAAGAUUCCAUUCGCCGCUGGUUUCAUGCGUUCGAAUUCGGGAUCGUCAUCCCGGAACUUGUGGAUGCUGACCUCAAUUCUUAUCUUCAUGGCCAGUGGAACAAGGUUGAGGACAAGUAUGCGGUGUCGUCACUGGCAGUUGCCGGAGUUGUUGCUCUGUGGGGUACCGGUGGGAUGAUCUCGGUAACCACCCCCCCUCCUCUCCUAAUUAGGCCUAUUUUGAUCAUAUUACCUGUAAAUCUGCGUUUGAUAUUUACAGCUCCUUCUCUAGAAAAUCCUCUCUUCCCUGAUAACUAACAGAUCCCCUUCCACUUUUUGUCUUCCAUUUGCAGGCAAUUGAUAGGCUUCCUCUGGUUCCUGGUGUCCUUGAAGUGGUCGGCAUCGGCUACACUGGGGUAAUACUUACUGAUAAGGGCGCUACUCGAAUGAGCUUCGACUGUUGCUUAAGAACUUGAUUAUCAUGAUUUUUAUAUUAGUUAUAAUGCUGGAAAAACCCUCACAAGGGCAUGCCCUGAAUUGAGCUUGAAUGCUGAUCAGGAACUUUAUCCUCCUGAUCCUUAUAUUACCUGGGGAAUGCACCUGAUUUAUUUAAUACGGAUGCUAAUGAUUUUUCUGUGUUAGUUCUCGUGGCAGUGGGCUUGCCAUGAACUGAUUUUGAACUUUGCCGAGGAAGUUUAUUCCCAUGAUUUUUAUAUUAUUUGGUGUACGCAUCUGGGCUAAUUUAAUAUAAGAUGCUAAUAAUUCAUUUGAUCUGUUGUCGUUGCAGUGGUUUGCAUACAAGAACCUGCUUAAAAAGCCUGAGAGGUAACUCUUGGAUUCCUCCUUCACGGUCUAGAUUCCGACAGUUCAGCUGAUAAUUACCAUAAUUGGCAUGAAUCGUACAUUUAUUACAUCACAUGAUGAUGAUGAUGAUGAAAAUGAAAAUGAUUAAUAUUACUUUGCAAUAUUUCCUGGGAAUGUGUAACUGAUGAUUAAUAAUGUUCGUAGAAGUUCCUGAUCAUAAUGCCUGACAUAGAAAAAAAAAAAUCGAGAAUUUCAUAUCUGAAAAGUGCUGUAAAUUCGGGUAAGUUCUUGACAAUUAUGAGUUUACUCAAAAAACUUGUCAAGAAUUUACACUUUCUUUGAAGUAGUCAGACGAGUGGACAACUCGACAAAGAACUGUGCAUUCUAAAAUAUUUUUCAAUAUUUUCUAACACGAUUUACCUUCCUAGCUCUCACCUUCUUGCUAUAAAUGCUCGUUUAGCUUGUUCGGAUCAUGAUUUUUCUUAUUUCCUUGGAUUUUCUUUCUCUGCAUUCAUCGAUAGCUUCCUAAUCAGAACCACACUCAUUGUCAAUUCACCUGAUUUCUCAUCUUCUUCCUAAUUUCCAAUCCAUCCGAGGUCUCCACGUUGACCAAAUUACUUUAGACCCAGAAUAAUAUGCUCCCGCUCUCAUAAAUUUUCUCUCUCUUCAUCUCUCAUGCCCGCAAAUCAUGCGACCAAGCCCACCCAUCGAUCUGGAGAUUUCAGGAUGAACAGAGUCAGGAUCUUCUUCUUCUUCUAAUUACUGGAAAAUCAUGCGGAUUCUCAGGAUUGAUCUUCUGUCAUCUUCUCCAGGGAAGCGCUCAUAGCGAAGAUCAAGAACACCUACAAUGAGAUCCUUGGGAGUAGUCAAUGA